AUGCUUACUGCACAUUCACUUGUUACAAAUGAUGCUUAUGGAAGAGAUUUGUACAUGUUGAAUCGAUGUCUCGAAGAUAUUGAAUAUUUCGAGAGAAACUUGAGAAAGUUUCUGAGAUCGUUAGAUCGUCAAGGUGCAGAAAAAAGCACUAGUGAUACUAAAAAUAACGACAGUCAACCACCGAGUGCUCCAGACACUAUCGAUGCAUUGCAGAAAGUUAAAUUUGCAUUAAAUAUUACUGAAAAAAUUAGAAAAUCACUUCCAUACUUAUCGAAAGAAGUUUUCGUCUAUUUAAUAAGACUUGUUCGAAAAGUGCAUAAUUCGGCGAAAGAUAAACUUGUACCCAAUUAUAAUCCAAAUAUAGUAGUGGAUGUUAUUGAACCCUUGCUGCUUGAAUCAACUAUCACAUCAUUAUUUAAACUUUUCUCAGUGAAAACAAAAGAAUUUUGGUUAGAACUUGGUCCUUCAUGGAAUACACCCAGUUCAAAAUGGCCAAAUUCACUAAAAACCUACAUGCCGACAUUCAGUCAACCGUACAAACGAAGGCGGACAACACAUCGGUCGAGUGAUGUGACCGGAAGACGGCAAAUAUUUAAUUCACGAAUACUUCUGAAAGGAACACCUGAUUUCGACGAUGACUAUGAUUCACAUUUUCAUGGUGGUUUGCGUUAUUUCCGCGUUGAUGACAAAGAGUAUUUAUCUUACCAGAGAUAUCGACAAGAAGUUAAGCAUCGAGACGAACAAAGAACGUUAUUGACAGAUAAGGAUUAUGCUCAUCAUUCUCCUCCCAGUCAAUCACCUUGUUUAGGUGAAUAUAUUUUGCCUAGUGUGAGUUCAGACAAUGGUAAUAAAAAACCAGAUGAACCGCAAGAACAUGAGAUAAAGCUAAUUGAUUUUGAUACCUACUGGACUGUAUAUGACCAGAAUAGAAUAAUUGGAGAAAUACCUAAUGUGAAAGUCAACUGUUACCAUCAUACUGAUAGAAAAAUAAAAAAUGAAGUGAACAAUAAACUUUCCGGUGGUUCAGAGCUUUCAAAACAAUCGGAAAAUGUUAGACAGUCUACGGGGAAUGUCAUGCUUUACUAUGCUGUUGCUGAACCGAGUCAUGCAUCACUGCCACAAUAUCCUGUAGUUCUCUUUCCUUUGAAAACUCAACUUCACACUACACAAAAAUAA